UGGUCAUUCACUCUGUGUGAGUUGGUGUGUGUGUGUGUUCUUUUUCACUCUUGUUUUCUUGACGGUGAGUAGACAGAGAAAGAGGAAAAUACAAGGAAAAGGGAAAGGAAGAAUACAUAUAGCCAAAGAGGCAGUGUUUGGCAGACAGAGGUACAGAAAGGAAGUUUAGGAUCAAAGACUUCCAAAGACUCAUCAGGUGAGAAACAAUCGAGCCUAGUGUAAGAGACGGGACUGUCAAGAUAUGAAAAUAAGCUAAAAAGGAAAAGGAAAUCGUGGUAUAAGUUAAUCAAACCCCGAAAAAAUCUACUAAAAUCUGCAUCUGACUGAGCUCCGGUGAACAUGUUGCUUCGGUUUCACCCCCUGGCCUCCCUCGCCCCCCUCUUCCUGCUGGCAGCGCUGAAGAUGGCUGCUUCCCAUGAACAAAAUCCUAUCGAUGAGUUCAUGGCCCAUGGUCACCAAGAACAGGGGCACCAAGAGCAACAGCAGCACAUUGAAGGUCAAGUUCAACAGCAACAUUCUGAACAUCAUCAGGAACAGCAGCAGCAUUUUGAACAACAGGUACAGCAAGAACAAAUGCAUCAACAACAAGCACAGCAAGAACAACAGGUACAACAAGAACAACAUCAACAGCAGGUACAGCAAGAACAGCAACAUCAACAGCAGGUACAACAAGAACAACAACAGCAUUCUGAGGGGCAAGUUCAGCAGCAACAGCAUCUUGAACAACAGGUUCAUCAUCAAGAGCCACCACAGCAACAGCACGUUGAAGAACAGAAGCAUCACCAGCUGCCUGAAGAACACGGUCAUCAGCACCAGGACUUUGAUGGGCAAGUAGAACACCAAAAUAACGAAGAACAAAAACACGACCCAGACUCUCAUAUUGUAGAACACGGUCAUCAGCACCAGGACUUUGAUGGGCAAGUAGAACACCAAAAUAACGAAGAACAAAAACACGACCCAGACUCUCAUACUGUAGACCCCACACACCAUUCCUCACAACCCGAAGAACAUGUUCAAUUCGCUGUCCAUACCCACCCUCCCGAGGAACCAACAGAGCAACAGCAAGGGCAGCGCGUUCGCAUGUACCUUAAACCAGACAGACUCCUGGACGAACACCUGGCCGAGAUGCCUCAUCUGGACCCCAGAAACAUGUCGCCGUCGGAGAAGCAGUACCACCUGUUCCUGGCGCACGACUACAAUCAGGACCUGCACCUUGAUGGGGUGGAAAUCAUGCAGUCGAUUUUCCAUGAUGACUCGACCGAACUCUACGCUGACGAGGUGCUGGCCCAGAAGAUCGACUACCUCCUGGACCACUUCGACCGCGAUCGAGACGGCAAGCUCUCGUUCCCCGAAUUCAUGAUGUCGGACGCGAGAUUCACCGCCGUGUAGUUGCUGUCAUGGCUUAUUGUCAUUAUCUGCGAUCUGUUUUUUUUAUUAUUAUUAUUGUUCAAUUGUUUAUUUAUUUAUCAUAAGUGUCAUUGUUAUUGUUAUUGUUAUUAUGAUUGUUCUUAUUAUGCUUGCUGUUC